AUGCAAUCAGCUAUCGAAAAACUUCAUGUUUUAGCCAAGCGAAAUUUAUCCUCGUUGGGCGAUGAGAAAUGGUUAAUUCUUGAACAAGUCUUCAAAUCGGCAUUACAUUGUUCAAAGCAAUCCAUUGCUCGCCAUUGUCUCGAUCAAUUAGAAAAACAAUUUAAACCGACAAGUCGUCGUGUAACAACGCUAAAUGCAAUGUACCACGAAUCCAUCGAUGAUUUCAAAAGCGCCGAUGACAUUUAUUCGAAUCUAUUAGACGAAAACGAAACAGAUGCCAUUGUUCAAAAACGGCAAAUUAGCCUUUUGAAAGAAAAGAAUCAAAUUCGUGAAGCGAUUAGUCAAUUAAAUACCUACUUGGAGCUUUACCAGGCUGAUCAAGAAGCAUGGAGUGAACUGUGCGAUCUUUAUCUCUCGGAACACGACUAUGCCAAAGCUGCAUUUUGUGCCGAAGAACUUCUUCUGAUCAACCCGCACAACCAUUUACAUCAUGAACGUUAUGCUUCCAUUCGUUAUUCUCAAGGUGACGAUUAUGAAAAAGCCAGAACAUACUAUUUCAGUGCAUUGAAAAUCAAUCCGGCGAACAUUCGUGCUUUGUAUGGCGUCGUCUUGACAUCAACGAAUCUAGCAAUGAAAAAUUCAUCUCGUUCAACUGAGAGCAACCAAGUCUACGUCGAACAAAUCCAAUGGGCACGUGAACAAAUCAUUCAAAAAUACCGAGAAGCAAUACCGGAUCUUCUUCCUGUCGUCGAACUCGCUUUACAAAGCUUAGCACUCUAA